AAGUGUUGAAAACAAAGGGAGGUGAUGAGACUCUGACGACGGUUGAAGAUGGAAAUGCAGAGAGAGAAAAAGAGAGAGAUAGAGAGAGAGGGAAGUGGGAAAGCUACUAAACUUAAUUUUUCCUUCAGUUGAAAGCUUUCCUCCUCAAUCCUCAUCCUUGGUGUCUCUGCAAAUUGCAAUUUACCAGUCGCUGUCGCCAUAAAUCUCGCUCCCCUUUAUAUCUCUUUCUUUCACUUUUUUUAUUAUUUAUUUUUUCAUAGUGAUUUUCCAUUCUUCUUCUCCUUAUUCAUGGCUCUCCAGCUCCCAUUUGGGACUAAGCUUUCUGGGUUUCUGGAUAUAAAUUUAGUUUGAUGUUAAAGAUUGAAACUUGCUAUAUUUAAAGCAAGAAGUCCAUAGCCUCCUCUGCAUACGUUCUCUCUUUUCAGUCAAAAAGCAAAAAGCUUCCCUUUUUCUUUCUCAAGCACUGCAGAGGACUAAAAGCUUUUUCAGCCAAGCUCUCCCAGUUCAAUCAUCAUGGCAAAGAUGACACCAGUAAAAAGCCCUAUGCCGAAAAGUCCUAUGCCAAAAAGUCCUAUGCCAAAAAGCCCUAUGGUAUGUGAGAAGUACGAGACAGGCUGUAUGUGGCAUUUAUAUGGCCUCUUCAACUUCCGUCAAGGUCAUUCCAAUAAGAAGAGGCUUUCACAUAAGAGGCAUACAAACAGACUGGAUGAUGGAAAUUUUAAGACCAAGCUUGAUUUGCUUAACAAAAUGGACGAGAAGGGCCAAAGCAUGGAUCUUCAAUUGUUCCAGGACAGAAUGAAGAGCAAAGCUCAGACAGUUGAUUCGGAUAUGGCAAGUAAAAGAAAGCUUAAGGGAGAAGACUUGUCCACUGAGCCGCAGAUGAACAAGAAGUUUGCUACUGAUGAAGGGGAAGAUAUACCAUCUAAUUCCAAAUUUGUUGGUCAUUUACCAAAAAACAAUGGAAAGACUAGCAAAACUCGUCAGAGAUCCCAUGAAGCUAAGCAUCGAAAACAUUCUAGUUCAGUUUUGGUGGAAGAACCUUUGAAUAAGCUCAACUCAGCAGCACUGCCAGAAGAAUCUAGCAAAGAGGUACAUAGCAAAAACCGACGAGGAUGCGGUUGUAAAAGUAUUGAUACUGUGAAGCAUGACCAGCUUAAUGAGAUUAAUCUUGUGCCAGUACAGCUGAAUGCAGCUGAGGCCAUCAUAAAUCAGAAAUUCGUUGAUGGGGUGAACCACCAGUCUAAACAAUUAUUAGAUGCAUUAGAAAUUUUGAAUUCGAAUAAAGAGUUAUUUCGAAAACUCCUACAAGACCCAAAUUCUCUGCUAGUCAAACACAUCGAAGACCUCCGAGACUCUCAGGCAAGAACACAUCAGAGUAAAUCUCCCGGUGAAGCCAACAUUUCAGAAUAUCGGACAAGCAAAGCAAGGCAAUCUGAAGGUCCUUCCAGUAUUCACACGUUGAAAUCCUGUGAUAUUUACCCGUCUCAGGAAAAUGGUGAGUCCGAAUUUCCAGAGAGAAUAAUAGUUUUAAAACCUGGCCCACCAAGCAUGGAAAUUUCUUCAGAGAAUAUCAAUACCUCUAUGCAAAGCUUGAGAAAUAAUGGGCAGAGAGACACACCUGCAAAUUCUUCUUUUAGCCGUAUAAAGAGGAAACUGAGACAUGCUAUAUCGGAAAGCAGAAAAGAGCAGCACUCCAAGUCAAUCGAUGGUACACUAAAUACAUCUCCCUGCCAAAGCACAGGAGAUGAUUGUAAAGGAAAGGGUAUGAAGAUCAUUAGAAGCAAUUCACCUACUGUUGAUGGUGGAGGAGUGACCAAGUCUUCUCUUGAUAUCAAGAAAAGAGAAAACAUAGGCAAGGUGAAACAAUGUGAAUCAAGUAUUGGACGCGAAGCUGCAUCAACCAGUGGAAGUGGUCUUGGAAGCUCAAACUUUUCGCAUGUUAGCCAACCCGAGCGAGAGGAAUCUGAAACUUCUGUGGAGGCUGGGAAACAUCUCUCAGAAUUGUUAAACAAUGGGAACAAGGAGAAGAGCUACUUUGAAAGGCAGGCACAAAAAACAUGGGGAAGUGUGAUGUCAUUUCCCGAGUAUGACUUCUUGCCUACAUGUAAUCCGGUAAGGGACUGGGAAAAUAGGUUUCUUAAUGAGCAAAUGACAUUUUCACCCUACAGCAAUUGCCAAAUGGUAUAUGAGAACAAGUGGAGGCUUAAUAAAGAAAAGAAAGCCAGCUACUCAAGUCCAUUGAGGCAGGACGUAGAGGCCCUGCCUGACAAUAAGAAACUCGAUGAUCAAUUGCAAGUUUUUGAUACACGGCAAAAUAACUCAGAUUAUCCUUUUACUGACAUCAAUGUGCUGGGAGAUAUUUCAAGCCCUAAAGGCUGUGUCCAAAUUUUAGAGAACGAUAACACCAUGCACCAUGGAGAAACUAGUUCUUUAGAAGUGCCUUCAGAAUCUGAAAGCGCAUACAAAUUUGAUACCAUAAAAGCUAACAAUACUAUCCGGCCAGGAGAAACUAAUUAUUUGGAAGUUCUAUCCAAACCAGAUUGCACGGAGAAGACCAAUACCACAGAGACUAAUGAUACUUCAUACCAAGGAGAAACUCAGCAUUCAGAAAUACUGACUGAACUAGACAGCACAGACAAGGCUCUUGAUCAGAGCUCAGAAACAACCAACAUGUACGAGGAAGAGGAGUAUUUUAAGAGAUCCAGACAGCCAUUAACAUCUUCACCGGAUGUUUUUCAAUCAAGCCCUUCAAGUAUUCAGAGAGUGGAAGAUUCUGAUGGCAUCGAAGAUAAAGGAGAACAGCCAAGUCCAGUUUCUGUACUUGAGCAGUUUUUUGUAGAUGCCACCAGUUAUGCAAGCAUCAUAUCUGAACCUGCUGAAGAGCACCACUCUGCUCUUCUUGUGAAGUCCCCUUUGGAACCUGAAACCUCUUCUUUGAAUGAACAUGAAUGUAUCUCUGAGUACGUGAUGGCAGUGCUGCAAGCUUCUGGCUUGAAUUGGGAAGAGCUCUUGAUGAUGUGUCAAUCAUCCGAUCGACUGGUUGAUCCAUUCUUGUUUGAUGCAGUAAAGUUGCAGCCUAACCAAUUCCAUGGUGAUUGUAUGCUCCUCUUUGACUGUAUAAAUGAAGUCCUUGUCGAGGUAUAUCAUACUCAUCUUCCAUGCUCUCCUUGGGUGUCAUUUAUCAAGCCAAAUGCCAGAAGAAAACUUUGCAUUGAGAAAACUGUGAUUCAUGAAGUGAUGAAGUCUGUGCAUCCAUCACCACAUACGAUGCAGCAAAUUGUUGAAAAGGACAUAGCACAGUCUGGAAUGUGGCUGGAUAUCCGAAAUGAUGUUGAGGAGACUGUUUUUGAGAUGGUAGAAGAUGUUUUAGAAGGGCUGAUCAUGGAAACCAUAUUUUAGCGGCUCUUCUGAAAAACUGUAUAUUGCUAUAUAGCUGUGCUUUGGUCUGCAUUGGACCAAGGAAAUCAGGGCAAGCUUGGGUAGGUUAGACCAACUGGUUUCAAGUCACUUGAGAAAUGUAUUUGGACAAUUUGAACAAAUCAUGCAAACACAAGGUUACUACAUGGGGAGCUGGUAUCAGGAAGCUUCUUGCAGAUGUGCAUAAGAUCGUCAUGGGGUACCCUUGGAUCAAUUGUAAGGCCCAAAUUUUGCGUAUACUCUGUACAGUUUAUAUUAAACUUCAGAUAGCUACUAA